AUGCUGCCAGUCACGGAAAAGUCAACUAUUCUCUUGGAGUUCCCCCCCCCCCCGGAGUGUUCAGUUAUGGGCUGGGUCCUGAAGAGGGAACAAGAGCGUCUUAGAAACACUUUGACAUGUGUGUUAUGUAAAAGCAAGCCGGUAGAAAUCACACUUUUGCCCUGUGGUCAUUUUGUACUGUGUGCUGCAUGUUCUGAUGAAUGCAACAUCUGUCCAGUGUGCAAUAAAGAGGCCUUAGCUGAAGUGAAAACCUUUCUCUGCUAA